CCCGCCCCCUCAACCCUUACAAGUCCCUCAGCCUCCGGCUAGAUCUGCGGGGCGCUUGCGCAGUUCUUAGGGUGUCCUGGCACUGCCCGAAUCUGUUUAAACGUGAGGGAAAGAAGGACGCUCAUAUUUUCUGCACACCGUGCAACAGCGGCUUUCCGCCGUAGAGCUGGGUUUUGCCUUUUUGGCCCUGAGAACACGGCUUUUUGUUCCCUUACGUGGCUUAAGAGGGCAUGUUUUAAGUUAGGCGGUUCCCGGGCAGCCCGUCUUUUGACGCAGGGUCCUUAGGCUGAGACUUGGGCCCACACCCGGGAAGGCGGGGUCCUUCUCUGGGGCAGUCGCGCGGGCAGUGGCUGCGGGAAGUCCAUACGGGCCGUCAUGUAUUAUAAGUUCAGUGGCUUCACGCAGAAGUUGGCUGGAGCAUGGGCUUCCGACGCCUAUAGCCCUCAGGGAUUAAGACCUGUUGUUUCCACAGAAGCACCGCCUAUUAUAUUUGCCACACCAACUAAACUGAGUUCCAGUUCUAUUGCAUAUGAUUAUGCUGGGAAAAACACAGUUCCAGAGCUGCAGAAGUUUUUCCAGAAAUCGGAUGGUGUGCCCAUCCACCUGAAACGAGGCCUGCCUGACCAAAUGCUUUACCGGACCACCAUGGCGCUGACACUCGGGGGGACCGUCUACUGCCUGAUCGCCCUCUACAUGGCAUCCCAGCCCAGAAACAAAUGAGUUAGGCUGCAGAGGACUGGUUUGCUUGUUGGCAUAAAUCCUUUGAAUUUUCAUUUUUCAUUAUUUCUGUAAUUUUUUUUGUUUUUUACUUGAAUGUCCCACUUUACAUUCUUAAAGAAAAGCAGAAAGAUAUUGAGACAAUAUUUUGGUUUGUUAUGAAAAUGUACAUGGCCUGCCAGAGCUCAUUCAGCAGUUAAAACUAUUGUUUAAAGAAAUGAUGUUGCUCUCUGCAUUUGGGCUCCUAAUUUCCCUGGAGCUUCUGAAUGGAGGUCGCACACAGGCUCAUUAGCGGCCAUCUGUGCUGAGGUCCUUGGGGAUUUAUGGUGGCAUAUUGAACAUGGGGUGGGGCAGCCUUUCUGGAUUAGGAUGUGACUGAGGAAGGAAGAUAGAAGCUCAGGCCAGGCACGUGAAAAUGUUAGCCACCUUGGGGAUUUUUCUGUCUUGCAGUUCAGUGUUAAUAGAAAUUAUUUGCAGCCUGCCUCCGUUCGUCGGGCAGUUUGUGUCAAAGGAUUAUUUGCGUCGUCUCAGAUCUUCAGUGGAAUUUCAUGUGUAGUUGUUACGUACUUAUUCCACCAUGGGAACAGAGAAGACCCGUUUCGUGUUGCCCUUUAGACCAGCGUCUGUUUCAUUAAUACAGCUGUGACACAGAUUCUCCUUUACCUUCUAAAAAUGUUAUGACUUUGAAUUAUGAUUUAUUUUAAUUGUGGAAUAAAUACACAAAUGAAAAAAUCUCAAGUUUGAAGUCCUUUUAAAUAAGUUUUCAAAGUACUUUCAG